AUGUCUUCGGCUCAGAGAUAUAUAAUGUCAGACGAUCCUCAAACGAUCAACGAGACGUGGAAGGGAGGCGAGCUCUUCACAUGGCACGGCGCAGAACUAGUGGUCAUUCCUAUCAUGAUGGUCACAGGGAUUGUGGGAAAUCUCUUAGUGCUUUACAUCUAUCACUUCAGGUGGCGUAGUUCCACCGUCACACUUAUCAAGAAGAUGUUGGCAGCGCUAGACUUGACCUCCCUACUGCUGGUCUACCCUCCACUUGUGUACAUGACCCUCCACCCGGACACCGCUUCCUUCCAGUUCACCUGCAUCUUCACGGCCUUUGUGGCCCUGGAGACGGCCAUGGCUUCCGCUUGCGUCCUCAUCAUCAUCGCUGUAGACAGAUUCAUGAGACUGUGCCUUCUCCGGAAAUCCGGUGUGCAGACGGGCCUGGUCAAGAAGCUCUCGGCCGCCGGCAUCCUCCUCUCCGGAAUCAUCAACAUUCCCUGUGGCUGGAUCUUCGGCAAAGGCGUGGUGUCCUUCCAACGCUACAAGGUCAAGAUCGCUCACUGUUUCAUCACCCCCGGAAGCGACCAGACAACCAUCUUUCUUAUCUACACUUGCAUCCUGGGAUUGAUCUUUCUGUUUGUUUUCACAACUCUGUUCGUGAUUUAUUAUAAAAUAAUAAAAACUCUACGAGAACUAUCAACAAAACAUGAUCAAAUGCGACAUACGAACUCCAUUUCUAGAAGACCUGAAACCACUACAGGACAAACACAAAGCGACGUUAUGAAACAAUCCGCUUUGGUUUUCAUCGCCAUUACUGUGGUGUUUUUCACGAGUUACAGCCUCUACUUUGUGGCUAUUGUUUUAUCCAUACCUGAUAUUUCUAUAGUCGGAGAUAUGGGCCCCUCUUUUAAGGCCCUCUACGAUCUAGCCAAACUGAGUCCGCUGGUGAAUAACGUCGCUAAUCCUAUCAUUUACAGCUUUACAUCUGAUCGUUUCAGAGACGAAGUCAAGAGGAUGCUGACGUUUAAAUCUUGCCACAAUGGAUUGUUCCAGAAGCGUGCAUGUUCAUUAGGCUGUAAUCUCCAGGAGGUGACCCAGUCGGCAACUGAGACGCAUGUGUGA